AUGUCGCAAACUAUGAGGUAUGACCUGGCCGACAUAGAGAGUGGCGAGUUUCCUCACCUCGAUGCGUUUAUGAAUACACUGGUGGCGCAGUUUUAUGUCGAAUUUCUUCAACAAGGCGGAGGGAAACCACAUGUGGUCUUCCAUAUCAACAGCAGCCAGCCAAUCAGAACACGGACUGACGACGGCGACAUUGUCGAAGUGAAAGGAUGCUUGAUUGGUGUUGAUUACACGGGACCCGGCCUAAAAGGAACUUUCACUGUCAAACUCAUCGACUUCCAAACCUCCUCAACUUCGGCUCGUGCAGCUUUCCAAUUCCCCAUGAGAAAUACUCAGCUGAGGGUAUUUGACCUGAUCGCAAUCCUCCGGGGCCAAGGCCGGGGUUUCCCAAGUGAGCAUCAGUCUGAUCUGACACGAUUCGACUUUGUCGAGGCAAACGUUCGUGGAGAAUUGGACGGAUGUCGCGACGCUGUUAGCCAGUGGAUGAUCAGACUUCACGCUUUGAAUGUCGUCGGCUGAGCCGCAAUUGGCCAGGGCGUCGGCAACAUCGAAUUCCAAGAUUUUGCCCACUUUGUCCCCACGAACAACUUUCAUCACAUCAUCGGAAAUAACUACACCACUGCCGAUCGGCCAAACUACGCUGGUGUAACUAUUUGUUAUAUCACACCAAUGCCAUUGCAUAGAGGUACUUUUCGCAGUCGGGGUGUCAACCGGAUCGAGACUUACGGUACCGCGCGUUUGCCGUAUCAUCCAGCCCCAAGUCACUCCUCUCGCUCUCACCGUUCUCAUCGGUGAGAGCGAAGUCAACAACGCUGUGUACGCUUGUAAAUUACUAGUUUAACAAAACAUAUGUAUAAACCCUAAAUUAUGUAGGUAAAACAUUGUAUAGAAUGGUGUCAAAUGCAUUUCAUUUUAUCAUA